AUGGAUGACCCCAGAUACUCGAAGAGCACGGAUCAAGACCGCACUGCAGUUAUGAGCAUGAGUCGCUUUGUAGCUGGUCCAGACUUUUACAACUAUGAUAUGUACGGUGGAUUACGUCCUGGUGGAUUGAUGCCGUUUUUUUCCAUGGCGUUUAUAGGUCUUAUAGCUGCUACCUUUACAUCUUCUUUUGUCUAUAUUGGUGCUCGUGACGGGCUUUUACCUAUGAUUAGCAUUAAAUUACAGCUCAGUGAGGCACAGACUGAAGCUAUGGAUCGACUAGUAGAAGUGCCAGCAUCCAUGGCAUUCUUUGUAGGACUAUACGCUGACGCAGUACCAGUCUGGGGUUCUCGUCGCAAGUCAUACAUGAUUAUUGGUCUGUCGUUCAGUCUAUUGUGUUUGGGCAUCCUUGGCCUUGGUUGUCUCUUUGCUAACGAGCUCAAAAAAGCCAUGGGCAAGAGCUUUAGCUAUAUUAUGAUGCUACUAAUGGGCGGCGUAAGUUUUGGCUCGAUGAUCAACUUUUGUUCCGUCCACACUACGGUUGUAACGUUAUCUCAGUGUGAAAGUCUAGGAAAACGAGGCAUUUUUCAAGCUGAUUACUUGGUAGCUAGAACAGCAGGACAGAUAUCGGCCAGAUUACUCAUCUAUGUCAUCCAAAACGUUACCAGAACAUUAAAUCUCUCACUUGUCUUGAUGCUCUUGAUGAUCUUGUCAGUCACGACAAUUGUUGUCGUGCUCCAAGGACUUGAUGAACCGUUAGCCUAUCGGAAACAAAGUCUCAGAUGUAAGUGUGAAAGCUACUGGAAACUUACACAGCAAAAGGCUGUGUGGCGAAGCUUAGUUGUUGUAGCAAGCUUUGCUUUCUUUCUCAACUUUGGCUUUCCACUUGUAACGCAAGCAUUAAGAGAGUGGACGGAUACGAUGGAUAGCGCGUCGGGACUGCUCACCUGGAGCUUAGAAGAUUUAAUAAUGAUUCUAACGGUGACUUUAUGGAGAUGGAGACUUCGUAACGUACUGUGGAAAAAAUUCUUUGCCAUGGCUCCGACGAUGACCAUUGUGCCUCAAGUUGUAAUGGCAGGGCUCGUCAUCCCAGCGCUUUAUCGCAGUCCAGUUGUGUACAUUAUGCUGACUGGAUUGACUGGGAUCUCGACUGGUGUCACGGCACUUGUGCUGCUAGCUCCGAUCACUGAAAUCAUUGAGGAAGGAUCAGAAGGUGGCGUCGUCGGACUUGCGCUGUCAUUUAAUACCAUGUUUAAAAUCUUUGCCAGCACACUACUCACAACUAUCCAGCGUGCGUCAUACUUUCCAUCCAGCAAUGACGAAGAUACGACAUACCAGCGUUGGUCAAUUGCAAUCCUUGUAAUUGUUACGUGCUGCGUCAAUAGCUUGGCGUUUAUCGUCAUUCCCAUCUUGCCACUUCAGAAGCUGGAUGCGCAGCUCGUGCGCAUGUAUGGAGGUUUUACUGAUAAUGCCAGCGCUCUCACCGCUAUUGCAUUUCUCACAUCGCUCGCCUACUGCGUCUCAUACAACAUCUAUAUCUUCAGUGAGGCCAUUUAA